AUGGGUUAUGACUUCAAUUCAUUUGUACAGUCGUUCAAUCGCGGUACAAAUACUUGGGUUAAAAACAACAUCUUCCGUCGUUUGAGAUGGUUGGAUAGCAAACCGCUGGCACACCUUAUCACGUUGAUGUAUUUAGCGAUUUGGCAUGGUUACCAUCUGGGGUACUUUCUAAUAUUUGGCCUAGAAUUCGGCGUCAUGAUGGCCCAACAGCAGUUAUACUCUCUCGUUCGUCGAUCCCCUGAACUCUCUCGUUUCACUUCAAUACCGUCAGUACGCCUGUUCUUAUGUGUACUUGGACGAGUGAAUUUGCUUUACACCACUGGAUUCGGGUUCUUAACAUUUGGUCUGGUGAAAACGAAAUACUGGAUCGGGCCUGUGAAAUCGCUCUAUUUCAUCGGCUACAUCUUUUACUUUAUAAUAUGGCCGAUACUCUAUCGCGCACUUCUAAACAUUCUUCCACUGAGAAAAAACGGAAGAGGAAUGUGCACCACCACCCGCGAUUGA